UACUCUCCACACCAAUUAAGUGCUCACUCACUCACUCAGCUCGUCUUCUUCUUCCUCCGCUCGGCCUCUCGUUGCGGCCAGGGAAAGAGCUAGCUAGCUAGCGUGUGCUCGAUCGAUGGCGAAAACGACGAUGAGCGCGGCCAAGAACCUCGUGAGGCUCCUCGUCCUCGUGCAGGUGUCCUUAGGCCUUCUGGGCGGCGUCGCGGCGCUCAGCUUCGACUACUACGGCAUGACCUGCCCGUUCGCGGAGAUGAUGGUGCGCAGCGUCGUCUACGACGCCCUCAUGAAGGACCCCACCCUGGCCGGCAGCCUCCUCCGGCUGCACUUCCACGACUGCUUCGUGCAGGGCUGCGACGCGUCGGUGCUGAUCGACUCGGCGGACGGCAACACGGCGGAGAAGGACGCGCAGGCGAACCUGACCCUGCGGGGCUUCGAGGUGAUCGACCGCAUCAAGGAGCUGCUGGAGUCGCAGUGCCCCGGCGUCGUCUCGUGCGCCGACGUCCUGGCGCUGGCGGCGCGCGACGCCGUGCUCCUGGCCCGGGGCCCCUACUACGGCGUGCCCCUGGGGCGGCGCGACGGCACGCGGUCGGUGGACUCCGACACCUUCACGGCGCUCCCGCCGGCCUUCUUCAACGUGACCAUGCUCAUGAAGCUCUUCGGCUCGCACGGGUUCACGGUCCAGGACAUGGUGGCGCUGUCCGGCGGCCACACGCUGGGCGUCGCGCACUGCGCCAACUUCAAGGGCCGCCUCGCCGAGACGGACACGCUGGACGCCGCGCUGGGGUCGUCGCUCGGCGCCACCUGCACCGCCAACGGGGACGCCGGCGUGGCAACGUUCGACCGCACCAGCACCAGCUUCGACACCGUCUACUUCCGGGAGCUGCAGAUGCGGCGCGGCCUGCUCAGCUCCGACCAGACGCUGUUCGAGUCGCCGGAGACCAGGGGCAUCGUCAACAUGUUCGCCAUGAACCAGGCCUACUUCUUCUACGCGUUCCAGCAGGGGAUGCUCAAGAUGGGGCAGCUCGACCUCAAGGAGGGCGACGAUGGUGAGAUCAGGCACACGUGCAGGGUCAUCAACUCCUCCUAGGCAAACACAGCUUACUAGUGUGGAUGCUGCGAAGUGUGCAAUGGUACGUGUGCUUAUAUAUAUAUGGUCCCGUAAGUGUAGCUUGUAAAAGUAAAUGUGUAUGAUACAUGUGCCCCAUGCAAACCAAGAUAGGAGCUAAGAAUGAAGCUCUUGAAGCAAAUAAUAAUAAUGCAAGGAUAUACACUAUAUUGUGUACUAUGUGUAAAAAUUAAUUGGAAGAAGAAGAUCCAGAGAUCCCUGCUAA